AUGCAUUCAUUGUGUGACCUCUCCAGCCUCGGAAGCAUUCGAAUCGACGUUAAAGAUAUUGAGGAAGACACAGCUGCUCCUGAAGCCAUUUCCGCUAUCGCCACCUCUGUCUCCCUCUCAGACUCGCAGAUCUGGGAUUUCGAGUUUGACUUUGAGGACCCCUGCCACCCAGGCAUCCUUCCAUUUGAAGCCAUUCGCCCUCUUUUUGGUUUCCAAUACUUGCAAAUCCUCGCUUUGGCCAACUUACCACCACCAUCGUUUGACGAUGCAAUGCUGUCUGAACUCGCACAGUCGUUUUCCGACCUCCGCAAGUUGAAGUUACAUUGGAUCACUCGCCCGCAGGACGAUGCAACCCACAUCAAUAUAACUUUCUGGGGGUUUACAUCCCUACUCCGUCACUGUAUUGAGCUCUGUGAGCUCGAGAUGGCGGUAGACGCAAUUGUGCCUGCAGGUCCGGUCACUUUCCCCCAGCUUGAUAUACUAGUCAACGAGGCGCGUCACACUCAUUUACGUUCGUGGACAGUUUUCGACUCUCGGCUCUGCGAGGGCGACGUUGAGGACGUCUUUCACGUACUGUCCCGCUUGACUCCAAAUCUCCGGGAUAUCAUCCUAGCCGACCAUAAAGACGGCUCCAUGGGAACUGAAGCUGUUCACGAUAGCGCUGCAAAUUGGAAGAAAGUAGAUGAGUUGCUUGAGCAAUGCAGGAUGGGGAGCCAGCUGAACUAA